AUGGGAAGAUGUACCAACUUCAGAAGGGCUGAGAGGAGGAUCUGGGUUGGGCAGCUGGUGAGAGUGGAGUCCUUGCAGCAAGAUCUGGGAGAGGAAGUGAAGAACUUAUUGGAGAAAGAACUGAUCUUGAAAGAAAGGGAAACUCUUGAUGUGUUGAAAGAAUUGGAAAGUACCAAAAAGCUUGUUGAAGAAUUGAAAUCAAAGAUACAGAAGGAACAGUCUGAAGUGAAGUUCCAACGAUUGAGUUCUGAGGCCGAGAAUUUCAAAAUAAUGGGAGAAUCUGCAAAAGUAGAAGUUCUGAGAACAAUGUCCGAGAUUGAACAGACAAAAACCAUGAUAAGAACGACUAAAAUCAGAUUGGUUGCUGCUAGGAAAAUGAAAGAAGCUGCAGAAGCUUUUGCCCUUGUAGAAAUUAACGCAUUAUCUAAUAAUGAAAAUGAGAGUUUACCUGGAAAUCAGAUUACUCUUUCAUUUAAAGAGUAUACCGUUCUGACAUGCAAAGCCCAUGAUGCAGAGGAACAAUCUAGGAAGAGAGUUGCAAAUGCAAUGCUUGAAGUUGAGGAAACAAAUUUGUCAAACAUGAACAUUUUGAAAAGGGUAGAAGAAGCUAAAGAGGAAGUUAAAACCAGCAAGAAGGCCCUUUUGCAAUGA